CAAGGACACAACACUGCGCAUCUCACCCCCUGGCGUACUUUGGACAAAACAGCCUCGUUUCAAUCUCUGAUUUGGUCAUAUUGUUGAAAUUAUUACAAAUUAACAAAUAUAUAAAUACGCCUUCGAAAGAUUGUCGUCGGCGUCGUCUCCGAAUAAAAAACAAAUCAAUCUCUCUCUCUCUCUCUAUUUCUCAGUACAGAUUCCACAACGCUACUGAUUACACCAUGUCUGUCACUCUGGAAUCGUUUUCUCUCUUAAACCCUAACCCUAACAUUAGCUCAGGUUCUUCUCUCCCGGCGAAGAAGCCGAGGGCCGUUACGGUGGCUUUGUCUCCCUCGCCGGCUUCUCUCCGGUUCGAUCCUCGGCUCAGAACUCGCAGUUUCGGAGCAUUUUUUCGGCCGGCCGGAAUCUCCUCUCUGCAUCGCCGGAGCUUGUGGAAUCGGCCGGUGGUCGCCUUCGCCGCUUCGCAUGAGGAAUCGUCAGAGAUUGAAGUGGAGAAGGAAAAGGAUAAUACCAAAUUGGGAGCCGAAGAAUCUCAGGAAGCUUGGAGAGAGGCCCUAGACUCUUUUAAAGAACAAGCCUUGAAGAUUCAAAGCGUAUCACAAGAAGCAUAUGAGAUAUACUCUAAGAAAGCACUGGUUAUUUUAAAAGAAACUUCAGAGAAAUUGAAAAUACAAGCUGAUAAAGCAGCGCAGGAUUUGAGCGAGAUAGCAAAAGAAAUUAGUGAAGAUGGAAAAGAAUAUCUUUCCACAGCUUCUGAACAGUCUCCUGAAGUUAAAGAAAUUGUGGAAACACUCUCCUCGUCAACUGACGAUCUGAAUGACAUUUCAAGAAUCCAUGACUUUCGUGUUGGGAUACCAUAUGGUUUAGUCCUUUCUCUUGGUGGAUUUCUUUCCUUCAUGGUAACAGGAAACACUGCUGGCAUUAGAUUUGGUGUUAUUCUUGGUGGUACUCUUCUGGCUCUAAGUGUUUCGAGUUUAAGAUCAUAUAAGCGGGGAGAACGAUCUCCUUUGGCCCUGAAAGGGCAAGCAGCUAUAUCCAGUAUUAUUUUUCUGAGGGAGGCGCACUUGCUGGCACAGAGAGCAUCACUUAUCAGUGUUCUGACAAUGGCUGUCAGUGGGGCUGUGCUGGCUUUCUAUAUCUACAGGAUCACACGAGAUGGAAAACAGGAAGAAGGGUCACACUUGGGAGAUAAGGCAGAAAGUUAAAGGCAAUUGCAGGGUUAGGAGCUCAGAGUUUGGAAUUCAGAAGCAUUUUGUUCGAUACUGUUGGUGUACGAGGCAUCAGAAACUGUUAGUUUUUGUUUUGUAAUAUUUAUUCUUCGUUAGGGUGAAAAUAUAGAUGUUGAUUGUGUCACUGAAUUUGCUUCCUUCACGCUUGGAGAGAUGCAAGAACCAGUCCUUUUGUAAUUUUUUUUUUUUGGUCGUUUGCUCUUGAUCUUAAGACAAAAAAAGAACAGGUAGAAGAAGAGAAUGAAAAAAAAAAUAAAAGAUAAAAACGUGAGCUUGCCUUGCGGAGUUUUCUGCCAUUUGCAUGAUAAGAUUGUGAAGCGUGAAAAUUUACAUGAAUUUUUGGACGAAUGUUUGUGGGCACCAUACAUGAU